AAAUAAAAAUAAAGCAGAAGAAGAAGAAGGGAAGAGGUGCAGCUAAGGAAGUGACAAUGGCUUCCCUUCACGUUGGUCUUUCUACACUUUCCGGGCAAAGUUUCCGGCCGACACGUAAGUUGAUAAGUCGAUGUUCCGCCGAUAGGCAAGCGCUGUUUAACCGCAUUGCCCCUGUUUAUGAUAAUUUGAAUGAUCUCCUGAGUUUCGGUCAACAUCGCAUCUGGAAAAGAAUGGCUGUUUCGUGGAGUGGAGCUAAAGAAGGGGACGAUGUACUAGAUAUCUGUUGUGGAAGUGGGGAUUUGACGUUUCUUUUGUCUGAAAGAGUUGGACCCCAUGGAAAGGCAGUUGGUCUUGAUUUCUCAAAUGAACAAUUAUUAAUGGCUUCAACUCGGCAGAAAUUACGUUCAAAGACAUGUUACAAGAACAUCAAGUGGAUGGAGGGAAAUGCACUUGAUUUACCCUUUCCUGACUCCUCCUUUGAUGCUGUUACUAUUGGCUAUGGAUUACGAAAUGUGGUAGAUAGACAUAAAGCUAUGGCAGAGAUAUGUCGAGUUUUAAAACGAGGCUCAACACUAUCUGUUCUUGACUUCAAUAAGAGUAUCAACCCCUUGAGCACCACAAUUCAGGAAUUGAUGAUCGACAAUAUAGUUGUUCCUGUAGCAAGUGGUUAUGGCCUAGAAAAUGAGUACAAAUACUUGAAAAGCUCUAUCAAGGACUUUCUGACAGGAAAUGAGUUAGAGAACCUGGCUCUUGAAGAAGGAUUUUCCACUGCCAAACAUUUUGAGAUAGGGUUUGGAUUUAUGGGAAAUUUGGUAGCCAUUCGCUAGAAUGACUUCACUUGCUUCAUCUUCCACUUGCCUUCAAAAGCCAGAAAAUUUGCAACAAGAGGAAUGAGUGGUAUUUUUACCAAUAGGCUUCUUCUAUCGAUUUCAAGUCAUGCCUGUUAGUGCAUUGAGUAUUUCACCCUGACUGACUGAAGAUAUGUGAUAUAAUAUACUCUGCACCAUUAUUUGUUACUUGUUUCCUAAUUCUUUGCCCUCUCUUUUUGCACUAUGGUAUGAAAGAUGCUUUAAUAAGUGCCUA